ACUUGAUUUCGAAUACCUUGUGAUCCACAAAUAAGAUGCACAGAGUCUCUUUUUCUUUUUCUUUCUUUCUUUAACAUGUCUACCUUAAAGCAAAAUGAGCCUGAUAUCAUUGAUAUUCAAGAUAAGAUUGGUUAUGUGGACACAGGACCUAUGCCAAUCACUGCUUUGAAUAACACUGAACAUAAACCAACUAUUGCUACAAAUGCACAUUUAACUAUUAAAGAACCUAAACCUACUCGACAAAUUCAUGUGUUUGAAAAACCCCCACCUAUCUUAAAAAAGAAGCCUUCGCUUACUAAGGGAAAAGAAAAAUCACCUCAAAACCGAGAUGAAAUUAAAGAAAUGAUGGUUUCUAAACUAUAUGAAUUAGCAGACAUGUUGCAGUCACUUCAAAUAGAAGGCACACCACAACCUACAGCAUCUACUUCAGAACCUCAAUCCUAUCCACUGCGUAGAAGACAUAGUCAAUCAAAAUUUCAGACAUAUACAAAUAAUCCUGAAGAAGAGGAAGAGGAGGAGGAGGAAGCUUAUUAUCCUUAUUAUCCGCCACCACCCAUUAUAUAUGAUCAUGCACGCUUUAUGCCUUCUCAAGCUUAUUAUUAUCAAGAUGAACCACAGCAAGCAGCAGACUAUUAUCGACUCAGACCACGUAGAAAAUCUUAUGGUAAUAUACAUGAUGAACAUCAACACCACUAUUAUUUACAAAGAAAAGGAUCAAGAAGAAGGCAAAGAAUGAUUGAUCCUCGCUAUGACUAUCCACCGCCACCACCUCAACAAUAUAGAUAUUAUUAUCCCCAACAACAAUAUUCACCCACAAAUGGUUAUUACAUGAAUUAAAUAAAACUAUAACUGAUCU